CCCCGCUAGUGUUGUUAGGCAAAAUAUAAGAGAGCAGUAGGAGAGAUCUGCAAUAGAUAAACACUUGCACACGCACCAGCUGGCGCGCUUGCAGACACGCACAACACGCAUCUAGAAACACCGUCCAGAGCUGUGGUUGCUGCGUCCUUGUAUUUAUUUAAUGGUUCUUUUGUCAUCUGUCAUUUUAGUGGAAAACAGCCACUGACAGAGGGAGAGAUAGACAGAGACACACAGAGAGAAGCAGGUGCGCCCUUUAAGAGGAAAGAAGCAUCUGAGGCAAGGACAGCAUCCCAGUCUCCAUUCUCUGUGGAGGCUGUGGAAUUCAGAGGAGUGUGAAAAGGAACGGACGGUCACACAAAGCUCUUCAUUUUUUUGUGCUCUUGCUCCUUUCACCUGGAGGUAGGCUGCAAUGGUUGGCACUAAUCAGAGGCCUAAACCUGUCUGAGAGAGCCCUAUGAACAGCCGAUCCAAUGGACAUCAAAGGCCAGUGUUGGACCGACGAGGAGUCAGAUGGGGAGAACGAAUCUGAACAGUUCCUUUAUGGAAUCCAGGGGAGCUGUGCUGCUGACCUGUACCGGCACCCUCAACUAGAUGCAGAUAUUGAAGCUGUGAAAGACAUCUACACCGACAGUGCCAUCUCUGUCAGGGAGUACGGAACCAUUGAUGAUGUGGACAUCGAUCUUCAUAUUAACAUCGGCUUCUUAGAUGAGGAGGUUGCAACAGCCUGGAAAGUUAUAAGAACAGAGCCCAUUAUUCUGAGACUGCGCUUUUCUCUUUCUCAGUACCUUGAUGGACCCGAGCCAUCAGUAGACGUGUUUCAGCCUUCGAAUAAAGAAGGCUUCAGUCUGGGCCUGCAACUCAAAAAGAUCCUGAGCACAUUCACCUCACAGCAGUGGAAGCACCUCAGCAAUGAGUUCCUCAAGGCCCAACAGGAAAAGAGGCAUAGCUGGUUCAAAGCUGGAGGGACCAUCAAGAAGUUUCGUGCUGGGCUCAGCAUUUUCUCCCCAAUUCCCAAGUAG